GGCGGAGCUUAAGCUCAGGGUAUUCUCAUGCAAUAAGUGAAAAACAGUAUAAAUACCCCAGGGCAGCUGUGAAAGGGCACCAUCCACUGCUCACUGAGCAGAGGAAGCCAGGAGAGCUGCCCACACAUCUCUAGAACUUCCAGCACCAGAAUCAUCUGAAAAUAUGCUGCCACCAAUAGCCUUUCUGCUGCUAAUGUCCCUGACCUCGGUUCAUGGAGUGUUUUAUGCUGAGAGAUACCAAACUCCCACGGGCAUCAAGGGCCCACUUCAGAACACCAAGACACAGUACUUCAUCCCAUACUCCAUAAAGACUAAAGGAAUCCCAGUAAGAGGAGAGCAAGGAGUUCCUGGUCCACCAGGCCCAGCUGGACCCCGAGGACACCCAGGUCCGUCAGGACCUCCAGGAAAGCCAGGCUAUGGAAGCCCUGGGCUCCAAGGAGAGCCAGGAUUGCCAGGACCACCAGGAAUAUCAGCCACUGGGAAGCCAGGCUUGCCAGGCCUGCCAGGCAAACCAGGGGAGAGAGGACCACAUGGACACAAAGGAGAUAUUGGACCAGCUGGCUUACCAGGACCUCGGGGCCCUCCAGGACCACCUGGAAUCCCUGGCCCAGCUGGAAUUUCUGUGUCAGGAAAACCUGGACAGCAGGGACUUACAGGUGCCCCAGGACCCAGGGGCUUUCCCGGAGAAAAGGGAGCACCAGGAGCCCCUGGUGUGAAUGGACAGAAAGGGGAAACAGGAUAUGGUGCUCCUGGCCGUCCAGGUGAGAGAGGUCUUCCAGGCCCUCAGGGUCCCAUAGGACGCCCUGGCCCUCCUGGAGUGGGAAGAAGAGGUGAAAAUGGCCUUCCAGGACAGCCGGGAAUCAAAGGUGAUCGGGGUUUCCCAGGAGAAAGGGGACCAUUAGGUCCACCAGGUCCCCAAGGUCCUCCUGGGAAACAAGGACAAGAAGGUAUUGGGAAGCCAGGAGCUGCUGGGGCCCCCGGUCAGCCAGGUAUCCCAGGAGAAAAAGGUCAUCCAGGAGCUCCAGGAACAGUUGGGCCUCCAGGAGCUCCUGGCUUUGGAAAACCAGGCUUGCCAGGUUUGAGGGGACAAAGGGGGCCUGCUGGUCUUCCUGGGGCCCCAGGUGCCAAAGGUGAACAAGGCCCAGCAGGUCAUCCUGGGGAGGCAGGUCUGACUGGAUCUCCUGGGAAUAUGGGACCCCAGGGACCGAAAGGAAUCCCAGGGAACCAUGGUGUCCCAGGUGCUAAAGGUGAGGCAGGUCCAAUUGGGCCUGUAGGGCCACCUGGGGCUAGAGGAGCAAGGGGCCCCCCUGGGUUAGAUGGAAAAACAGGGUACCCUGGGGAGCCAGGUCUCAAUGGUCCUAAGGGUAACCCAGGGCUACCAGGCCCAAAAGGUGAUCCUGGAGUGGGAGGAGCCCCUGGUCCCCAAGGUCCUGCUGGCCCCGCAGGAGCUAAGGGAAUGCCUGGACACAAUGGUGAGGCAGGUCCAAGAGGUGAACCUGGGAUACCAGGUAGCAGGGGUCCCAUUGGGCCACCAGGUAUCCCAGGAUUCCCUGGAGCUAAGGGCGUCCCUGGAAACCCAGGUCCUCCUGGCCCAGCUGGUAUAGCAACUAAGGGCCUCAGUGGGCCCACCGGUCCUCCAGGUCCUCCUGGUCCAAGAGGACACAGUGGAGAGCCUGGUCUCCCAGGUCCCCCAGGUCCCCCAGGUCCCCCUGGUCAAGGAGUCAUGCCUGAUGGCUUCAUAAAGGCAGGCCAAAGGCCCAGGCUUUCUGGAAUGCCCCUUGUCAGUGCUAACCACGGAGUAACAGGGAUGCUGGUGUCUGCUUUUACAGUUGUCCUCUCCAAAGCUUACCCAGCAGUAGGCACCCCCAUCCCAUUUGAUGAGAUUUUGUAUAAUAGGCAGCAGCAUUAUGACCCGAGAACUGGAAUCUUCACCUGUAAGAUCCCAGGAAUAUACUAUUUCUCCUAUCACGUGCAUGUGAAGGGAACUCACGUUUGGGUAGGCCUGUAUAAGAACGGCACCCCCACAAUGUACACAUAUGACGAGUACAGCAAAGGCUACCUGGAUCAGGCUUCAGGGAGCGCAAUCAUUGAGCUCUCAGAAAACGACCAGGUGUGGCUGCAGCUGCCCAAUGCAGAGUCAAACGGCCUCUACUCCUCUGAAUAUGUCCACUCCUCCUUCUCAGGGUUCCUAGUGGCGCCCAUGUGAGCACUAGUACCGAGCUCAUCUGCUUGGAAAGGCUUUCCCCCAACUCCAUCGCGCCCACCCUGGAGAUGCAUAUGGAGGUAGGCUAAAAGCAAUGUGAACAAUUUAAAUUUCUAAAAUGCACUCCGCGCCACGUUUCCUCCUAUAACAGUGAGCAGCAAUGGUGACCAUGUGAGGACUCUCUUGAGCACUCAGCAAGUCUAGAGCCCUGGGGGUUCUGUGAAUUCCUUUAAUAUUUAAAAUUUCUAGCAUAAGCUUUAAAAAAACUCACAAACACAGGAAUAAGGUUCUAACUCACCGUGAAUUUCAUUUCAGAAGUACAGCAUUUCUUUUUUUAAAAGCCUGUUUUUAAUAAUUAAUAGGAAAACUUCUAGGAAACACGCAGGAAGUGUCACAUAAUUUUAUACUAAGUACUUGAAUAUUCAAAUGUAAAUGACACUGUAUCCCCUGGGAUGUCUCUGAUGGUGCAUCACUCUAUGGCUCAUACAGCCCCUGUCAUCAAGACAAAUUCAAAAGCACAGGUGCAUAUACACUUUUUGAAGCUCUCAUAAGACACCAAAACACUGCAUUAAAAUGAACUUGAAGUACAAAGUGCUUCGCCACAAACCUUUUCAAGCUUCUCUGCAAUUGUAGAAAGUCCACAUGCCUGGUGCCACUUGGAAACAGGUGUCUGACCUGGUCUUAUGUCUGGCACACAGUGUGAUCGCUCCAAUUUAAUUCUGCUGCAUCUUUGUAAAAUGAUUUUAUGGGCUUACAGAACAGUAGCAUGGAACGCUUUCCAUUCCAGUGAAAGUAUAAUUAACAUUAAAGGUUCAAAAUCAGACUAGAAACAAAAAGACAUUAUUUAUUUAUGCUCUGUACUGUAUUUUUAUAUUACUGUUUAAAAUUGUUAUGCUGUACCUCACUUAUGAAAGCAUGGAGUGUUUAAUCUACUCGUUAUUACAAAGCAAUAAAAUGACAUGAACAGA